GCGAUGUAGUUCGAAUAUUACAAUGUCGUAUUUAUAUUAUUUUUUAUAUUAUAUAAUAUCCUAUUUGAUACUUUAAUUAUUUUCUAAUAUUGAUAAUGACAGCCGCCUUUUGAAACUCGAUGCUUCCAUUUGUUUCAGUCACAAUUGUUCAGAAUUCUAUUCUAGCGCCUGUGUUUCACCGUCCAUUGAAUCCAGAAGCAGUUGCUGAAGGCGAGAAAAUUCUGUCCGCAGCUCUGUCGAAGACCGAAUCUUUUUGGCUCGACGAUAAUAGGCCUUUUUGGCUCGGUGAGAACCAACCAUCAAUAGCCGAUCUUAUCCUCGUUUGUGACAUAAUGCAAGUUAAGCUUGUGGGUGAGACGGAUUGGAACAGAUUAUUGGGUCCUUACAAGAAAGUUCAGCAAUGGAUUGAGAACACAAGAAAUGCUACAAAUCCUCACUUUGAUGAACUGCAUAAGGUCCUGAAGGAACUCAAAGAAAAACUGCAAAAUUAGCAAUUAAAAGGGUUUAGCAAAUAAUGAAGGUGGUGGAGUCUUUGCAUUCAAGAAUCUGAGAAAUGAAGAACUGCAUUACUAUAGUAUGUAUAAUUAGAACGUGUGGAAUGUUUUCAGUCACUAAGAACAGGGGGUUAUGUUUAUAUAAACAGAUGCUGUGGUAUUGUAAUGGACGAUGAGUAAAUAUUGGCUUAUAUAUAAGAGUUUCGCUCUGUUUUACUUA